AUGGAGGGUUUUGUUGUCCCCCUCCUGGGCUUGAGAGUCUUCAUUUCCUGCAUAGGACUUGUGGGUAAUGUAUUUCUCAUCGUCGCCAUCAUGCAGGCCAAGGUCAACCGGGUCAAAUCCUUCGAGUUGUUCCUCUUGGGACUAGCUGCGGCCAACUUGGAGGAGAUCCUCAUCGUGACCGUCUUCGACAUCGUCCUCAUCUUCCGGCCUUCCUCCUACGGCGUCCGCGCCUGGUCGUGCCGCUCGCUCAAGUUCCUGACGAAGUUCGGGGAGGUCACCAGCAUCCUCUUCACCGUCCUCAUCAGCAUCUUCCGCCAGCAGAAGCUGAGGGACGCCUGCAAGAGGGCCAACCUCCCGAUCUACCUGGACGGCGUCCGGUCGGCCUGGGCGAUGAGCAGCGUUUGCGUGCUGCUCGCCGCGCUGAUGAGCCUCCCCGUUUUCGCCAUCGAGCCCGAAGGCCCCGCGGAGAACGUGACGAGGAACGCCACCAGCUGCCUGCUGGACUUCUUUCAGUGCAGCGACACCUACUGCCCCGUGCUCAACGCCGUCUACAAAUACCUGUUCCUCCUGGUGUGCAACCUGCUGCCUCUGGUCGUCGUCACGGUGACCGGCUGCCUCAUCAUGGCGGUGCUGCUGGGUCAGAGGACGACGGUGACGCCGGCGGGGGGCGUGAGCGGGAAGAGCAAAGGUUCGAGUCUCCAUCGGAGCACGGUGGCUGUGUUGGCAGCCAUGGGGUUGUUCCAGCUGGACUGGACGCUCUACCUGAUCCUCCAGCUGACUGUUGACCCCACUGAGUUCCCCUUUUGGGCCGAAGUGGAGUUCUUCAUCUCAUUCUCCUACACAUCCUUCAGUCCGUAUGUGUACGGGAUAGGGAACAACCUGUUCUCUCUCAAGACCUUUAGAGAUAUGUUUAAAUUGAGAUGA